AAUUUCCCACUGGGAAGGGAAGAGAGGCCAAUCCGAAUUAUUGCUAUGGUGCUAUCAAGGUGGGUGGGGCUCUAAAGGCCACCCACCUACCCACAUAACCACGAACCUUAUCCCAAGCAAGCGACCAUAAACAAAAGACUAUAGCAAGAAGAAAGCUUCAAUAAUAAGUAUUAAUUCAUACAUGUCUACUGCUAAAGUGUUCGAUGCCGGCAACUACACAACUGCUACUCUAAGCCUCGAUCCGGAGCGAUGGGUCUCGACAUCCGUUCCCCCUCCGAAGCCGCUCUUGAUUGCCACACCAUCGGGAGAUGAAUCCGGCGAGUUCCCACUGCUCCUCCUCCUCCAUGGCUAUCUCCUCUCCAACUCUUUCUACUCUCAGCUCAUCCAGCACGUCGCUUCCCAUGGCUUCAUCGUCAUUGCUCCUCAGCUAUACACUGUGGCCGGACCCGAUUCGACGGAAGAAAUCAGGUCGGCAGCGGCAAUAACAAACUGGUUACCGGAAGGCCUCCAGAAGUUGCUUCCGGCCAAUGUUCGGCCAAACCUGAGCAAGAUCGCAUUGUCCGGCCAUAGCCGGGGAGGCAAGGCCGCAUUUGCGCUUGCGCUCGGUAGAACAGCUACCGCUUCCCUGAAAUUCUCAGCCCUAAUCGGCAUAGAUCCGGUUGACGGCAUGGACAAGGGCAAGCAAACUCCGCCGGCGGUGCUCACCUACAUCCCGCACUCGUUCGAUCUGGACAUGGCGGUGAUGGUGAUCGGGUCGGGUUUGGGCGAGGUGAAGAAGAACCCGUUCUUCCCUGCCUGCGCGCCAAAGGGAGUGAACCACGAGAACUUUUACGGCGAGUGCCGGAAGCCAGCGUUCUAUUUUGUGGCCAAGGACUACGGCCACGUCGACAUGCUGGACGAUAACACCGGCGGGAUAAGGGGGAAGGCGACGUACUGUUUGUGCAAGAAUGGGAGGAGUAGAGGGCCGAUGCGGCGGUUUGUAGCGGGGAUUACGGUGGCGUUCAUGAGAGCUUACUUGGAGGGCGAUUUGAGUGAUUUGAUGGCGGUGAGAUACGGGCAGACGGUGACGCCGGUGGAGCUUCAGAAAGUUGAUUCUCUCUAGUGAAAACUCAACUCCAUUGAUAUGGAAGUUUAAAAUUUUCCUUUCUACAGUUGCUGUAUACGAAGGUUUGAUUUGAUUCGAUUUCCACAGUUUCCAUAUAUGGUUGCUUUUCUGUGGCUUGUAGACUUACAAUCAAUUCGAAGAUAUAUUGGCUAGCUUGUUAUA